AUGAGAAGCGCCACCAUUUCGCAAACUGGCGGUCCGACGGAAAAAAAAGGGCCCCCGCACCAAGACUCUCCCUCCCCAGGCACAGCACACGCCGGCAGGCCAGCGGUCCGGGAAGCCACCGCUAAAUCCUUCCCUUCCUCUGCCGGCAGCAGACACCCCCACCCCACCCCCCGCCACCCCGCCUUAGCGGAGCGGGCUCUAGCACAAAGCGGCCGCGUCGCUCGCCCCUGCGCUGCCCAUUGUUUCCAGCGAGUCCAGGCCGCACUGCGGCGUCGCCAACGCCGCGGAGGAGAGCGGCGCGGUCCCCGGGCCCUGCGGCGGGGCCGGCGCCGCCCGCGAAACGCAGCUGCGCCACACCGGCACCUCCCGCCCGCGAACAAUGGAGCGGCUCCCGCCAGCCAUCGCCGCUCGGGCCGGCAGCGAGCGCCGCCGGGGCCCGGCCCGGUCCCGCACAGCGCCCCACAGUUCAGCCGCUCCCAGUGCGGCCCAGCCGGCCUCCCCCACCUCGCUCGCGGACCCUCGGUGCCGCCGGGCCUCGCUCAGGCCCCACCGCUGCCACGGCCCACUGCAGGCCGCGAGGCUAGGCCGGACGGCGUCGGCAACACACACACCACACCCCCGCCCCGCUCCCGCCGACCCACACCCGCCCUGGCGCCCUGGCCCGUCCUCACCGCCAACAGCCGCACUCCCCCCACUCUCCCAGUCUCGCGUGGGACCACGCCGUGCCACGUGACCGUGACCGCGCUGCUGGGUGGUUCGCUGUGCCGGUUCCGACCGGGGUCGAGCACCGCGGAGCCCUGGGGGCAGCGAGGGAGAAUUGAUCCCUGCUGGUGGCAAAUGGAAGUAGGGAAGAGUCGGUGCUGCGCGGAGGCAGCAGCGGUGCGCCCGAGCUUCCCGGCUGUGCUUCCUGCCCUUCCUGUCCCAGCCUGGACUAUUAGUUUUUCUCCUCUUGCAUUUGUCUCCAACUCCUCUGUCCGCUGCCACCCACACUUGCUGCUCUGCUCAGAGAUGCACAUGAGAGGACACCUCAGACACAGCUCAGUGCACGCUUGCCCUGCCUGCGGUGAGUGGCUUACAAGCCAGGUGGAGCUGAGCGGUUACUAUGAAGCUGAAAACAUCACCCCGUCUUUGGAGGGCUACUUUUGCUUCAAUCCAGCUUCAUCUGUGGUUGGUGACCAGAAAGAUCCCUUCAGAAAGGUCUUCAUGCCCCUCAUCUAUCUGCUAAUGUUCGUGCUGGGGACUCUGGGCAAUGCCCUGGUCUUGGUCAUUUUAGAGAGGUUCAAGCAAUCUCGCACUACCACAGAAAACUUCCUUUUCCACCUCACCCUGGCCAACCUGGCACUGUUGCUCACCUUCCCCUUCAGUGUGGUGGAGAGCUUGGCUGGGUGGGUAUUUGGGAAGUUCCUCUGCAAGAUCCUCAGUGCUGUUCACAAGAUCAAUUUCUACUGCAGCAGCAUGCUGCUGGGGUGCAUCGCGGUGGACCGCUACCUGGCCAUCGUUUAUGCGAUUCACACCUACCGCAAACGCAGAGCUCGCUCCAUCCACCUUACCUGUGCUGCUGUCUGGCUCUGCUCACUGCUCUUGACCUUACCCGAUCUCAUCUUCAUGGAAGUCUGGACAGAUGACAGCAACCGCAGCAUUUGCUAUUUUCCAGAGGUUGGGAUUCAUGGCAACAAUGCCUGGCUGGCAACCCGCUUCCUCUACCACACUGUGGGUUUCUUUGUGCCCCUGCUGGUCAUGUGUCACUGCUACGCAGCCAUCAUCCGCGCUCUGUGCCAGUCCCAGCGCCUGCAGCGGCAGAAAGCUGUCCGCGUGGCCAUCCUGGUCACAGGCGUCUUCCUGCUUUGCUGGAGCCCAUACCACAUCAUCAUCUUCCUGAACACACUUACCAAACUAGAAGCCUUCUCCAAGAACUGUCUCCUGGAAGACCAGCUGGAUAUAGCCAUCAUGGUGACAGAAGCCAUUGGCUUCAUCCACUGCUGCCUCAACCCCAUCCUCUAUGCUUUCAUUGGAGUCAAGUUCCGUAAUGACUUCUUCCGGAUCCUGCAAGAGCUUGGCUGUAUAAGCCAGGAGACCCUGCACGACAUCCUGGAAGUGACAAGGAAAGGCAGUGGGAUUGACUCUGACAACACCACUUCUAUCUCCACUUUCUAG